AAGUGGGGCCGAGGCGGCGAUCUGAGCGGCUCUGACAGGACGGGUCGGAGAGGGUGGCCUGGCCGGAGCUGGGCGCCGAGAAUCCCGGGUGCCAGCACCAGAGCAGCGGCUCUCCGCACUAACUCUCCUCUCCUGGUCUGCUGUAACCCCUGCCGCAGAGCCCGGCAACUCUCAGCUGUCGCCCGCGGAGCCCCGAGGGCCCCUCGCCUCACCUGUGCGUGCGGCGCCUCGCGAGCCCUGUCCGGCUGCGGAGAUGAGCGAGCUUAAUACCAAAACAUCCCCAGCAACCAACCAGGCAGCUGGCCCAGAGGAAAAAGGAAAAGCUGGCAAUGUCAAGAAGGCGGAGGAGGAGGAGGAGAUUGACAUUGAUCUGACAGCACCAGAAACAGAGAAGGCUGCCCUUGCUAUUCAGGGCAAGUUCCGGCGAUUUCAGAAAAGGAAAAAGGAUCCCAGCUCCUGAAUGGCCAGCCUUGCCCUUCACCUUCACCUUCACCCUGGUCCCUUCUCUCCCCUUCUCCACACCCAUUUAUCUUUAUCCCUUGUCCCUCUAGCCAUUCCUUGAGGCAAGUUCAGCCCUUAUAUACUCUUGUAUCUGGCCCCCUCAAGCCAUCACAGAAGUAGAGGCACAAGAGAGGUGGAGAAGAUGAAGACUUCAAUCAGCAGUCACUUGUCUAAGGGUGGAACAAUUUCUUCUUGGGAUAAGGUUCUUCGAUCAGUAGCUAUGCCUGCCCUGUAGGGUUGAACAAGAGGCUUCGAGGCUGAGAGAUCUCCCCAAAGAACAAUGUGGGAAGGAGGGGAAGGCCUUCAGAGUAGGGUGCCUGAGGGUGGGACAUAUGCACUGUUCUGCUAGUUACAGCAUUCACACUUUAGGUAACAUUUUUUUUUCCCCUUCAGAUCCUUCUGCACCAACUCUAACUUCCCCUCCCAGGAUCUAAGCCACAGUGGGGACUUGAGCCUCCCUUUCCCCCUAGGCAGACCUAAAUCAAGCAGCUUACCACAGUAGUGCAUGCUGAGUAGAUUAGUUCCAAGGAAGGGAGACUGGAAUGGUGGUGUCAAGGAAAAGCCUCCCUCAUCAUCUAGUCAAGGACCAUAACGGGCAGAUGCAGAAGAGGUUCCAGGGCCAUAGGGGAAUGAGAAGUAGGGCACAUAUAGGGAGGAAAGAAAAGUGAAGAAGGGGGAAAUCUCUGAAUUUUUUUACUGCUGGAAAAAGUGUACUACAUGAAGGAUGCUUGGGGCUUUGCUAACCUGCUCACCUCUAACCCCCCAAGUCUAGCCAUCCCCAGAGGCCACACAAACCAAGUGACUCCUGUAGUUCCCAUUUGCCCCACUAUGGAGUCAGGGCAAAAGUGGAAUAGCCACUCUAUGUGAUUUUAGCAUGUUUAAUAAUUUUAACAAUAAACCACCCCACAAAUGGGGUCAUUUAACCACUA